AUGGCUGCCCCGCACCGCCAACCGGAGGACGCCAUCGACGACUCCGAGUUCAUCGAUGGCCAUGUUGAGCACCACCAGGACUCCGUCCACCGGCGCCUGCGUGCCAACUCCACCAUCAUGCACUUCCAGAAGAUCCUGGUGGCCAACCGUGGCGAGAUCCCCAUUCGAAUCUUCCGGACAGCCCACGAGCUGUCCCUGCAGACGGUCGCCAUCUUCUCCCACGAGGACCGCCUGUCCAUGCACCGUCAGAAGGCCGAUGAGGCCUACAUGAUCGGCCGCCGGGGGCAAUAUACUCCUGUCGGUGCCUAUCUGGCUGGCGACGAGAUUGUCAAGAUCGCGCAGGAGCACGGCGUGCACCUGAUCCACCCCGGAUACGGUUUCCUGUCGGAGAACGCCGAGUUUGCCCGAAAGGUCGAGAAGGCGGGCAUUGUCUUCGUGGGUCCGACCCCGGAUACCAUUGAUGCCCUGGGCGAUAAGGUCUCCGCCCGCCGGCUCGCCAUGAAGUGCAAUGUUCCGGUUGUCCCCGGUACGGAAGGCCCCGUCGAGCGCUACGAGGAGGUCAAGUCCUUCACCGACACCUAUGGAUUCCCCAUCAUCAUCAAGGCCGCCUUUGGUGGUGGUGGCCGUGGUAUGCGAGUCGUCCGCGACCAAGCUUCGUUGCGCGACUCCUUCGAGCGCGCCACUUCCGAGGCCCGCUCCGCCUUCGGCAAUGGCACCGUCUUCGUCGAACGCUUCCUCGACAAGCCCAAGCACAUUGAGGUCCAGCUGCUCGGUGACAACCAGGGCAACAUCGUCCACCUGUUCGAGCGUGACUGCUCCGUGCAGCGUCGUCACCAGAAGGUCGUCGAGAUUGCCCCCGCCAAGGACCUCCCCGUCGACGUGCGGGACAAGAUCCUGGCGGACGCCGUGAGACUGGCCAAGUCGGUCAACUACCGCAACGCCGGUACCGCCGAGUUCCUGGUCGACCAGCAGAACCGCUACUACUUCAUCGAGAUCAACCCGCGUAUCCAGGUCGAGCACACCAUCACCGAGGAGAUCACCGGCAUUGAUAUCGUCGCCGCCCAGAUUCAGAUUGCGGCUGGUGCUACGCUUGAGCAGCUCGGCCUGACUCAGGACCGUAUCUCGACCCGCGGCUUUGCCAUUCAGUGCCGUAUCACCACUGAGGACCCGGCCAAGGGCUUCUCCCCGGAUACCGGUAAGAUCGAGGUCUACCGGUCUGCCGGUGGUAACGGUGUCCGCCUGGAUGGUGGUAACGGUUUCGCCGGUGCGAUCAUCACCCCUCACUACGAUUCGAUGCUGGUCAAGUGCACGUGCCGUGGCUCGACUUAUGAGAUCGUCCGCCGCAAGAUGCUGCGUGCCCUGGUUGAAUUCCGUAUUCGCGGUGUCAAGACCAACAUUCCCUUCCUGGCCUCACUGCUGAGCCACCCGACCUUCGUCGAUGGUACCUGCUGGACCACCUUCAUUGACGAUACCCCCGAGCUGUUCGCGCUUGUCGGCAGCCAGAACCGUGCUCAGAAGCUGCUGGCUUACCUGGGUGACGUGGCUGUCAACGGCAGCAGCAUCAAGGGCCAGAUCGGCGAGCCCAAGUUCAAGGGUGAAAUCAUCAGGCCUCAGCUCAAGGAUGCCUCCGGCAAGCUCGUCGAUGUCUCCACACCCUGCCUUCAGGGAUGGAAGCAGAUCCUGGACAAGGAAGGCCCCGUUGCCUGGGCCAAAGCCGUGCGUGCCAACAAGGGUUGCCUUAUCAUGGACACCACCUGGCGUGAUGCCCACCAGUCGCUGCUGGCUACGCGUGUGCGGACGAUUGACAUGCUGAACAUCGCUCACGAGACCAGCCACGCUCUCGCCAAUUCCUACAGUCUGGAGUGCUGGGGCGGUGCUACCUUUGAUGUCGCCAUGCGUUUCCUUUACGAGGAUCCUUGGGACCGCCUGCGCAAGCUCCGCAAGGCCGUGCCCAACAUCCCCUUCCAGAUGCUGCUGCGUGGUGCCAACGGUGUGGCCUACUCUUCCCUCCCAGACAACGCCAUCUACCACUUCUGUAAGCAGGCCAAGAAGUACGGCGUUGACAUCUUCCGUGUCUUCGAUGCUCUCAACGAUGUCGACCAGCUCGAAGUCGGUAUCAAGGCCGUUCAGCAGGCCGGCGGUGUGGUCGAGGCCACCAUCUGCUACAGCGGUGACAUGCUGAACCCCAGCAAGAAGUACAACCUGGAGUACUACCUGUCGCUGGUUGAAAAGAUCGUCAAGCUGGGCACACACGUGCUCGGCAUCAAGGAUAUGGCUGGUGUGCUCAAGCCCCAGGCCGCUCGCCUGCUGGUCGGCUCGAUCCGCGAGCGCUACCCCGACCUGCCCAUCCACGUCCACACCCACGACUCCGCCGGUACCGGUGUGGCUUCGAUGAUUGCCUGCGCGCAGGCUGGUGCUGACGCCGUGGAUGCCGCCACCGACAGCUUGUCUGGUAUGACCUCGCAGCCCAGCAUCGGUGCCAUCCUCGCCUCGCUCCAGGGCACCGAGCACGACCCCGGCCUCGACCUGUCGCAGGUGCGUGCCCUCGACACCUACUGGGCUCAGCUGCGUCUGCUCUACUCGCCAUUCGAGGCUGGUUUGACCGGUCCCGACCCCGAGGUGUACGAGCACGAGAUCCCCGGUGGUCAGCUCACCAACCUGAUCUUCCAGGCUAGCCAGCUAGGUCUGGGCCAGCAGUGGGCCGAGACCAAGAAGGCGUACGAGUCUGCAAAUGACCUGCUGGGUGACAUCGUCAAGGUCACUCCGACCUCCAAGGUCGUUGGUGACCUGGCCCAGUUCAUGGUCUCCAACAAGCUGUCAGCUGAGGACGUCGUCGCCCGCGCUGGCGAGCUGGACUUCCCCGGCUCCGUGCUGGAGUUCCUGGAGGGGCUGAUGGGCCAGCCCUACGGCGGAUUCCCGGAGCCGCUGCGCUCCAAGGCUCUGCGCGACCGACGCAAGCUGGACAAGCGACCCGGUCUGUUCCUGGAGCCCCUGGACCUGGUGAAGAUCAAGAACGACAUCCGCGAGAAGUGGGGCGCCGCGACAGAGUGCGAUGUUGCCAGCUACGCCAUGUAUCCCAAGGUUUUCGAGGACUACCGCAAAUUCGUGCAGAAAUUCGGUGAUCUGUCGGUCCUCCCGACGCGCUACUUCCUGGCCAAGCCCGAGAUCGGCGAGGAGUUCAACGUCGAGCUGGAGAAGGGCAAGGUACUGAUCCUCAAGCUGCUGGCUAUCGGUCCGCUGUCCGAGCAGACCGGCCAGCGCGAGGUCUUCUACGAGGUCAACGGCGAGGUGCGCCAGGUCAGCGUCGAUGACAACAAGGCAUCAGUCGACAACAUUGCGCGCCCCAAGGCCGACGCGAGCGACAGCAGCCAGGUCGGCGCGCCGAUGAGUGGUGUUGUUGUUGAGAUCCGCGUCCACGAUGGCCACGAGGUCAAGAAGGGCGAUCCUAUUGCGGUGCUGAGCGCCAUGAAGAUGGAAAUGGUGAUCUCUGCCCCACACAGCGGAAAGGUGUCCGGCCUGCUGGUCAAGGAGGGCGACUCGGUUGACGGCCAGGACCUGGUCUGCAAGAUCGUCAAAGCAUAG